AUUGGAUUCAUCAUAGCAUUUUUGUAUGGAGCUUGUUCUGCCUCAAUGGCUUUUGUUAAUAAAGCUGUCUUGAGUUACUACAAAUUUAAUUUUCCAUUUUUCUUGGUCAGUUGUCAGAUGGCAUUCACAAUUGCAAUAUUGGAAGCUCUAAGGCUGAGUGGUAACAAAUUUUUAGUAAAGUUUACAUUUGAAAGAGCUUGGACAUUUUUGUUACCUUCAAUAUUUUAUGCUGCCAACAGUGUUUUAUCACUAUCGGCACUCUAUGGUAUGAACAUUCCAAUGUAUGGUGUUAUCAAAAGGUGUGCACCUGUAGUCAUUCUUAUCUUGGGGGUGGCCAUUUUAAAUAAGCCUCUACCUCAAGUGUCAGUGUGUCUGUCAGUCGGUAUGAUCACCGGAGGAUGUAUUGUUGCAGGUUAUGGGGACUUAACAUUUGAACCAUGGUCCUACCUCUGUGGCUUCUCAAGUGUCCUUAGUCAGGCAAUUUAUUUGUUGUUGGUGCAGAAGCAUGCCUCAGAUUUCGGUGCAGCUGAGUCAUUACAUCUGAACAGUUUCAACACAUUACCUCUCUUGCUCAUCAUAUCUUUAGUUGCACAAGAAUUCAACACUGCCCUGAAACAGUUUUUAUUAAACAUUAUAACUUUAAACAUCGGUUUCAUACUAACAUUCACAGCUGUUAUUGUAUUUGGUUGCCUAUUGAAUUAUUUGUUGUUCCUCUGCACGACGUACAACUCGGCACUGACAACAAGUGUGACAGGCACCCUGAAGACCAUACUUCAAACCGUGGUGGGAAUGUUCACCUUUGGAGGAAUCACAUUAAACAUUUACAUCAUCUUUGGAAUCAUUUUAAACUUUGCAGGAGGUGUGAUGUACACAGUUUUCAAGCAUAAAAUCACAAAAGAUAAGUCA